AUGGCUGCUUUCGUGGGUGAUGAAGAUGAAUUGAAGCAAGCGGUUACAUCAGUUAGCAUAUCAUUCGACACUAGUGAAAUCCGGUAUUACAGGAGCGGGGUCUUCACUAGUAAUCACUGUGGAAAUACUUUAAAGGACCUGAGGCAUUUUGCUUUGGCGGUUGGUUAUGGAAUUGAAAACGGUGUCCCAUAUUGGCUUAUAAAGAACUCAUGGGGAGAGGAUUGGGGAGAAAAGGGUUACUUCAAGGUUGAGAUGGGAAAGAACAUGUGCGCGUACCCGGUUGUGGCCUGA